AUGGCUUCUGUCGCAGUGGGCCUCGACCGCACUAGGCUCUUGAAGCCGCUUAUUGUAUUGGCUGGGUGGACCUUUGUGCAGGAGGCCUGGAUGUACGCCACACGUCUUCCCGCCAUCUCCAAGUAUGGUGUCAAACCUGAUCAGGAGACCAUCAGCGAGGAGAUGAAGACAAAGAUCCCCGUUGAGGUCCGCCGCAUUGCCGACAACUUCAACCAUCUGCACGAGCAGCCAACCGUAUUCUACUCUGUUGCAAUUGCUCUCACACUCCUGGGCGACAACCACGAGUACACAUACCUCGCUGCGUGGGGCUACACAGGACUGAGAAUCGUGCACUCUCUUUUCCAGAGCUUGGUCAACAAAGUGUUCACGAGGUUCUAUAUUUUCGUCACCAGUUCGUUCGUUCUUGCCGGUCUGACUGGCCGUGCUGCGACACUGCUUUUCUGA